ACAAUGGAUACACAAAAGAAUUCUAUUGUGCAAGGGAAAAUAAUUCUGGGCCACCCUGCAGUUCACCAACCAUUCUGCAACCCUGAAGACGUACAUUGUCAAGACAGAAAUGUACUGUGCUGUCUCUCAUCACGGCUUGAAGACCUCGAGAUCCCGCCACCCGUCCGUGAUCAUUUCACCUCUCACGCUGAUGAUGUGAUACAGGAAUAUUCCAUUGAGAACAACUGGUGCUAUGUUCUUCCAAGCAUGAAGCAAGGCAAAGUGGUCCAUGUCUGCCACAAACUGCCCAACAAUGGUCCUUUUCGUUCAUACAGAGAUAUCAAGAGACACUGGAAAAACUCUUAUGGCUACCGCCUGCCGGAAGAUGAAGACGGUGUUAUAUACUAUCAGAUCUACUUCAAGCUCAUUGGCGAGCAGUUGUUUACAUAUCCUGAGUGUUGUGUGCGACCACGCGACAUCAACAUACUCCCGAGGACAGACCCCAAACCCAUCCUCCAGGCAUUCCUCUCUGACCUCCAGAACAAGAUCAGUAAUCUCUGCGGACAGAAGUUUCACUUUCAAACAAAGGCAUCAUUUCUUGUGACGUCGCUGAAUGAGGUAUGCAAGGAGCAAACCAAUCGGUCCAACCUGACAACCAAGAUGCCCAUGCCAGCAGCAGGUUAUAGACAAGCGCCACCCACUACCCCGGUAUUCCAGCCGAAACAGACAAGCACAGGAAACUUAUUACAGUCCAGUGCAGUGUCACUGUCGGCUUCAUCACAGGUUGAUCCCAAUGGUGUCAUCAACAGACAAAGUUUUGAUUCAUCCUCUCAGUUGAAUGGGGAAAGUGUUCAAAACCAGGCACAGCUGGUUCAGGCAGAGAACAAGAAGUACAACAGUAGGGAAGAUAAAGUUCGUCAUCCUCCUCCACAGAGAUUAGCAACAGUCACAGCUGAGUCAAGGCCAAGGAUUGUACCAAUGUUUAGCUCAGUGAAACCUCGUGGAAUCAUCAUGGCAAAUAGAGGCAUUGAAGAGGCGCUGCCUAAGACUGUCCCAAUCUUCAGACCAAAGGCCCCAUCUCUUGAUGCAAAACCAACUAAUGCAAGCCAGAAGAUUCAGCCUUUUAGCCAGAGCUUUAUGAGCCAUCCUAAAACAGCCGAGGAACCACCAAGGGAUGUCAGCUCGGCCAUCACUCCUAGCAUCCCAAGUCUACCAUAUGUUGGAGGACAGAGCAGAUCCUCAAAUGUUCUGAUAUUUGCCAAGAAGCCGAGUGCCAGCUCAGGACAACCUGUUGUCAAGCCACAGAUGCAACAGCCAAGAUUACUGGGAACUGGGACAAUGCCGGGUUCAAAACUCAAACUCAAGAAACUCCCAACAUUGACUGACAGUACCGGUAAUACCAAGCAUGCCAUGGCACCAUCCCGACCUUCAAUCAGUCUUCCUCCAGCUAGCUUCCCAAACCAAGGAAGCAAUCUGAAUGACUCACAGUUCUAUCAGUCCAGUCUUCACAGUGUGGGCAGCACUCCACAGAGCCGGGUCAACGUACCUGCACAAAAGCCUGAGGAUGGAGCCAGCAAGCCAAAGAAGCCUCGAGUCAAGCAGACCGUCCAGGAGGGAAUCGAUGUUACAUUACUUGCUAAUAACAAUCAGUUGAACAAAGUGAAUGCAGCCACCCUGACUGCCUGGCUGAAGGGGAGAGGUAUCCAGUGCAAGGCCAAGGAUAAGAAGACAGACCUGAUGGAGAAAGUCAAACUGGCACUCAACAUAGUGUCAACUGAACCAUAAUUCCAAGUCGGUUUCCUUAGACAACCCGCUUCACUUCGGGC